AUGCGGAUACGGCGACGUAUUCCAGAAAGGCUACGGCGUCGAGACGGCGGCCCUCAGCACUCCGCUCUUCAACGACGGGCUGACCUGCGGAGCAUGCUACGAGCUGAAAUGCGUCAACGACGCCACGUGGAAAGGCUGCUACCAAAACGGGCCCACAAUCCAAAUCACCGCCACAAACCUCUGCCCGCCGCACUUGUCACGGACAUAGACUUCCGAAGUCCGCGGCUGGUGCGACCCGCCGGCGAUGCACUUCGACCUGACCAUGCCCAUGUUCGUGAAGAUGGCCCCCGCCGUCGCCGGCGUCGUCCACGUCAGCUACCGCCGGGUCCGGUGCGGGAAACAGGGAGGCGUGAAGUUCGAGAUCACCGGGAACCCGAACUGGAACCUGGUGCUGGUUUACAACGUUGGCGGGGCCGGCGACGUGAAGAACGUGAGGGUAAAAGGGUCAAAUACGGGUUGGAUUCAGAUGCAGAGGAAUUGGGGGCAGAAGUGGGACACCAAGGGGGUUGA